UAGCACCUUUCCGUUCGAUAUCACUUCUCCUUAAAUGUUGGUAUACAAAGUUCAGCGUAAGUUAACUUUUCGCUUUCCUUUUAGAUGCCGCCAAGGAGAAGAACCACCCGUGCCCAGACCGCCAGAGCCGUUAGAGACAAUGUAGAUGAGCAUGAGCAGCCCGCAGUUCCACCACCCGCGGCUCCACCAGUUGAUCAGGAUGCAUUGAGACAGAUGGUUCAGGAUGCCGCUAGACAGGCCGCUCAGGAGGCACUUCAGCAGAUUGCCCAGGAGGCAGCCAGGCAGGCCGCUCAGGAGGCCGCCCGAGUAGCUGCUCAGGAGGUUGCUCGUCAGAUGGCUGCCGUUCAGCAGGGUCCUCAGGUUCAGGUGCAGCAGGGUCCGCAGAUUCGGGUUCAGCAAGUUCCACUGGUUCAGGUCCAACAGGAUCAGCAGGGUCCAGUUCAGCAGUUUGCUCAUGGUGUUCAGGAUCUACCGCCACCACCACCGCGACCUCGUGUUUACCCGGUUUAUGAUGAGAGGUUCUACAGGCUGACAUGUCAGAUGAGAAACAUGGAGAUGGAGCAUUUUAGCGGAACAGUGGAUGCUGUAGCUGCACAUGAUUGGAAGUUAGCCUUACAGCGGAAGCUGGAGAUUAUUGAGUUUCCACCAGAGUUGUCGCUCAGAUUGACUAUGCAGUACCUUCGUGGAGAUGCUCUUAUAUGGUGGGAGGGAAUACGAUUGAGUCACUUUGGGCCAGAGAGGCUUACCUUCGCAGACUUCAUCCGAGAGUUUGAUAAGAAAUACUUUCCGAAGGAAGCUAUGGAUAGGAAGAAAUGCGAGUUCGAGCAUGUAAGUCAGGGUAAGAUGUCUAUCAGGAAGUAUGAGGUUGUGUUUAACCAACUUCGCAGGUUUGCUGGAGAGGGCAUUUUAGAGGAAGACCUGAUGAGGAAAUUUUUGAAUGGGAUGCGAGUAGAGAUUCGUAACAGGUGCCGUGUCGCCACUUAUCACAAAUUGGGAGACUUGGUGGAGAAAGCUGCCGAGCAGGAGGCAGGUUUGGCAGAGGAGCAGAAGUACACCAAGGCAGAUCAGCCUAAGUUUGGAGGGAAUUUAGAGGCACAACAGAGGACAUGGGACAAACCGAGCAUACAAUGCUUUUAUUGUGGAAAGAUGGGACAUAAGAGUAGGGUUUGUCGGAGUAGGCUAUUUGAUGCCCAGGUUGCGCCACCAGCAGCGGCAGCAGCACCAGUAGUGGAUGUUAGGAACUGUUUUGGUUGUAACCAGCCUGGUCACAUUUUCAGAGACUGUCCGAGGAGGGGUAAUGCAACGCUUCCACCACCACCGAAGCGUUUAGCCAUCGCUCCACGUGUGUUUACAGUUGGAGAUCCCCAGGGAGCUGAGCCGAUAGCGGGUAUGUUCUUAUCAUACUUGCUUGUGUUAAUAUUUGUGGUUUUGUGGUUAUCUUGUAUAGUUCGAGAUUUGUGAAUCUCGUGUAUGAUUGGUUGUGGUUGGUGUGAGUUACCUCACAGCUUAUUUGACUUAAGAGCUUUUCAUAGUUUUGUGAGUUCGCGUUUGGUUAAGUUUUAGUCUUUUUAGGGGGAUCUUCUAACCGAAAGAUAAGCAGAUUUAGAUUGUUGUUAUGGAGAGCUUGUUGUUAUGGAGAGUUUGAGAGCGAUCAGGAAUCAUCGUGAUGUACCUGUUAUCAUUUGAGUAUUAUGAUGGCACCGUCGAAGUUUUAUGGUGGGUCUGGUCGUACACCACUUUGUUGGACCAAAGUGGGGGAGCAAUAUGAGUUAGAACUAUUAAUGGUUCAAGAGACGGUAGAGCAAAGGACAUGCUCAAGGAUUAGCUUUCGGAAGCCCAUGACGUCAGAGGAUUUAUGCAGCUAAGCACCGUGAGGAUUUGGAGCUACAUAUGGGCAUACCUUAAAAUAAGGACAUUUCAGGAGGGACCUAAGACUCAGAAGAUAAAGGAGCUUAAACCGAGACACAUGGAAUUGUAUCCUUCACUGGAGUAGAUUGGAUUAGUUGCUUGCUAUUACUUUAUCAGCAGUAUAUCAGCCUUCUAGGACUUGGUUCAUAUGACAGCAUUGCAAAAGUUGAGAAUGCGCUAUAAUUAUUUUGCAGUAGACGUCAAGUGAGUUCAUAAAUAUUUUAUGGACUUUAUCAUCUAUUGAAGAUUUUGGAUCAUCAUGAGAAAACAGUUCGGGGAAUAUCGACUGUGUUUGUCCGAGUUCGUUGGGGAGGGAGAUAAGACUCAGGAGGAGACCUGAAAGGCCGAGCGAAGAUUAGUAUUCGAGGUUUUGCUAUGAUGACAUUGGGCACGUCAGCUUAUGACAUGAAUUCGGAGACGAAUUCCUUAUAAGUGGGGGAGAAUUGUAAUGACCCACCACUCCCACCAUCUCCACUUCUUUCUCCAACCCCACCACUUCCACCUUCUCUUCCACCAUCUCCACCUUCUUCUCACCAUCUCCAACUUCUAUAAAAGAGAAGAGAGAGAGAGAGAGAGAGAGAGAGAGAGAGAGAGAGAGAGAGAGAGAGAGAGAGAGAGAGAGAGAGAGAGAGAGAGAGAAGAAGAAGAAGAAGAAGAGAGAAAGCUCACCUGAGCUCGUCGCCGGAGCCACCACACGCCAGGACGUUGUCAAGCUCGUCACCACCAUCAUCCGCAACCAAAGACUACCAUCAUGUUCCUCUCGUCGAGACGAAUCCGUGGCCACCAAAAACGCCUCAAUCGGAGUCCGGACGAAGCCGCACGCGCCUCCGGAAGUUUCGCCUCUGCGCGCGUGAGGUACACGCGCCGCCGCCGGAAAACGUCGCCACCGCCGGACCACCGUCCCCCGCCGCCGGAAUAUCCGCCGUCGCCGCCGUUGACCGUCGCCGGUAACUCGCCGGUGACUCGGUCAACUCGUCCGAGUCAACUCAAUUUGGAGUCCAUUUGAGCAGCUGGAGGUCAUAUAUACUAUUUCUCUUCAUUUCUAAGGUGAGACCGACGAGCAGAAAUGAUUAUCGGACCGGUGCUAUUGGGCUUUUGGGCUUCUAUCAUUUUUACCGCUUUUAUCUUUAUCGGGCCUUUAGGCCUUUGGACUUUUAUCGUUUAUGUUAUUCCUAUUUCAGACUUUCGGUUUAUGUCGUAUUUUAUAUUUCGGAUGUUAUCGAUGUUGGGCUUUUAGACCUUUUGGUAUCGUAUUGACUUUAAUAUAAUGAUAUGAAGAUUAUUAUUAUUUGAGUUGUA